UUGAUUUGAAUAUGAGAUAUGAACUUAGAAUUAUGAUCUUGCCAAGGAGGCACUCUACCAGGAAGGGAGAGGAAUGGAAAACGGCUGCAGCUGUCUGCUCUUGCUUCUUCAAUUAAACUGGAUCAAGUCUGAUUAGUAAGCUGCUCUUUCAGCCUCUCCACAUAUCCCAGAGUCCCUUUCUGACAGAUGGAAACCCUCAAGUGCUGUACUGAUGCUGGAUCAGGUGGUGACUUGGGAGUCCACAAUUGCAAGGAAGAGCAUUUCCUGUAUUUUGCCUAUGGGAGUAACUUGUUACGGGAGAGAAUAACAUUAAGAAACCCAUCUGCAGCUUUUCAUGCCAUGGCUAAGUUGCAGGAUUACAAGCUUGCUUUUGGCUCUCCUCAAGGGAAGCUGAGUUUGACCUGGCAUGGAAGUACAGCUACUAUUCUGCAAAGCCCUGGUGAUGAAGUCUGGGGAGUAGCGUGGCUGAUGAAAAGGAGUGAUUUAAGUUCUCUGGACAAACAAGAGGGAGUUGAAAGUGGUCUUUAUGUCCCGAUAGAAGUUAAUGUUAACACUCAAGAAGGUAAAACACUCAGAUGUCGAAGUUAUGAGAUGAAUGACUAUGUACAGAAUCUUCCUUCUCCACACUAUAAAAAAGUCAUCUGUAUGGGGGCAAAGCAGAAUGGUUUGCCGAUUGACUAUCAGAAGAAAUUAGACACUAUAGAAACCAACAACUAUAUGGGAAAUGUACCAGUGUUUGAAGAAAUUGAAGCUGCAGUCAGUGCUUCUGAGAAGACAACAUAAUAAAUUAACUAUUUUGGAACCGCU